GAACGCUCCUUGCGUUUGGAACGUUGCCCUGGAAGUGGGUGAUAUCUACAAGAGCGAAAGAGUCACAGUAGCUUUCAGCAAGGUGUCACACAGCCUGUCAGCAUGCCUGGACCAACACAUGUCAAGCUCAACACCGGGGCUCAGAUGCCAAUCCUAGGACUGGGGACAUGGAAGUCUGAGCCAGGUAAAGUGUCAGCAGCUGUGAAAAAAGCAAUUGAUGUGGGCUACAAACACGUGGAUGGUGCCUAUGUUUAUCUAAAUGAGAAGGAGGUCGGAGAGGGAGUCCAUGCGAAGAUUAAUGAAGGAGUGGUAAAAAGAGAAGACCUUUUCAUUGUUAGUAAGCUGUGGUGCACUUUCCAUAAGAAGUCUCAGGUGAUUGGUGCCUGCAAAAAAACCCUCUCUGAUCUGAAUCUAGAUUAUCUCGAUCUCUACCUCGUCCAUUGGCCAACAGGAUUCCAGGCUGGAGAUGCCUUGUUCCCUUCUGAUGAGGAAGGUCUGGUGAUUCCAGAUGACACACAUUUCCUGGAGACAUGGGAGGGUAUGGAGGAACUGGUGGACGCUGGAUUAGUGAAAGCAAUUGGCAUUUCCAACUUUAACCAUGAGCAGAUAGAGCAGCUGCUAAACAAGCCUGGAUUAAAAUACAAACCAGCAGUUAACCAGAUUGAAUGUCACCCCUAUCUGAUUCAAAAGAAGCUUAUUGAUUAUUGCCAGUCCAAAGGUAUUGCUGUAACUGCAUACAGCCCUCUGGGAUCACCGGAUCGCCCAUGGGCCAAGCCAGAAGAUCCAUCACUCCUUGACGAGACCAAAAUUAAAGAAAUUGCAGCAAAACACAAGAAAACCACCGCCCAGGUUUUGAUCCGCUUCCACAUUCAAAGAAAUGUAAUAGUUAUACCAAAAUCUGUUACUCCAGCACGCAUCGAGGAAAAUUUCCAGGUGUUUGACUUUCAACUGUCACCAGAAGAAAUGGAGAUAAUUUAUUCCUUUGACAGAAACUGGAGAGUCUGUGCACUGUCUACAGCAAGAAAGCACAAGGAUUACCCGUUCAUUGCAGAAUAUUAAGCCAGACCCAGCAGUGACCAUUGCCUGACAGAUUGUGCAAUGAUUAAUGGAUUUGCUUUUUGUUUUAUAGUUUUUCUUGUUUAGCAUAAGAUCAGUUUUAUAGUUAUUUAAAUUAAUACUGUAAACUUUUUGGUAUCCCAGCUAAUUAAGAGUUACAUCGUGGGAGCACAUGUUUUGUACAGUCAUUCCCAUUCAGAUGGACAUGGCAGGAUUUUGAGUUGUAAACAUGUAAUGCUGUAAGGACCUUUUCGUUAUUGGUGCUGUUCCCCUACACUCAAAGUAAUCCACAAGCUCUCCAUCCCUGAACAUCUGCCUAUAAUUGACCUGCUGUGCCUUGGUCCUCUUGCUCAAGAGAUUAAACAGUUCUACUUUAGGACAGGGUCACUAGUAGGUAGAGGGGGGGGAAAAAAAAACAAUUUCUUGCUGUGAUUGGUUAAUGCAGUUUUUUGUCAUGCUUUGGUAACACUUUUUAUUAAAGUAGUACUCCAUAUA